UCACCCAGCCUUUUUUUCAAUUUUAGUUUAGUUUGAAGUUGAUUUUGUAAGGAGGGUAUUUAAAUUUUUAAAAAUUGCAAUUUUAUGGUUUUUGUGAGAAAGUGAAGGAGAUACCGUGCUACAAAAUUGCUGUGACUCUCAAAUUAUUAUAGAUAUUGAAGAAAAAUUGGGAAUAUUUGCUUUACAAGAUGUCUGGCAGAGAUGGUGGAAAGAAGAAACCCCUAAAAGCACCGAAAAAAGAUUCGAAAGACUUGGAUGAAGAAGAUCUCGCCCACAAGCAGAAAAUGAAAGAGCAACAAAAAGCUUUGCAAGAUGCCAAAGCUAAAGCUUCAGGAAAGGGACCUUUGGUUAGUGGAGGCAUCAAGAAAUCUGGGAAGAAAUGAUACAAAAUAACUACCUCUUUAUUUUUUAGAAUGUGUAUUCAUACGAGUUUCAAUUUCUUGUUUAAUUUUUAACAAAUAAAUUAUUGUUUAAUUACCCAAAA